AUGAGUGAUCUCGAAAAGGGUUUAUUCAAAGGGUGUUUAUUAGUAAAAGCAUAUAUGUUCUUGUUCACGUCGCCAACAUCAGCAGAAAGUGUUGACUUACACUCUAAUGCCUGUACCAGUGAUAAUCCAGACGUGGACAACCGACGAAGAAAGAGAGCAAUACAGCGUGAGAGAACCAAUACUCGGCGUAAUGUGGCUACAAUCAUUGGCUUAAAAUCUGUAACAGCUCGCUCAAUUGCUUUUACAGCAGUACAGGUCUGUUUCAGUUUGUCGGACCUUGGGUCUUGGCGUGAAGUGGAUGGAGACUUCAACUACUGUGAAUUUUACAAUAACAUUCUAUCCUUUUUUGAAGAUACACCUGGCCCUCGCAGCAAACAGCAUGUCACAGAUUUACUAGCAUGGUGGAACCUACAGGUUUUUAAGUGUUCCUCUGGAUUAACAGAUGUACGGUCCCAGACGCCACAGUCAUCCUACAUUGGUGCCCAAAGCGCACAGCUACUGGCUGCCCAGCGUAAACUAGCAGAACAGGGUGUGUAUUAA